AUGAGACCCAGCAGGGGACAGGGGAGUCGUUCCGACGAUGGGAACAGGGCCAAGAGCAACAGAAAUUCCCCGGAAUAUGGCUACAACACAGGCUACUAUGAGGCAGCAGAUUUGACAAACGUCGACUUUUCUGAGAAUUCUUUCUCUUAUCCAACAUUUUUGUAUAAGAGCCAAAAGGAGAACAAGAGAUCACGAGGGGACGGGAGUAGAAGUAGCUCAUCAUCCAGUUCGAAACCUGACCAGCAACGCCCAAAGUACUCUCAUCAAAGCGAAGGCCCUCCUAUUACUCAAGCACCUGCUAUCACUCAAGCACCUGUCUAUGCGCAACCCCCGGCUCCACAAGCCACUGGGAUCCCGCCACAACAUUCAUAUGUGGCUCAGUUCGAGCAGAACCCGGCCAAUUUCGCCCCGUUUCAAGCGCAACAGAUGGGUGGAUAUGCUCUCCAACCCCAAGGCGGCAGCAGUUCACAGGCCUACCGUGCUCCCGUGAUCGACCCUACAGGCAGCCUUGAUCCGGCAGAGAACCCACACAGUCUGGCCCGCAGUGGAGGAGGGAGUGGAGGGGGAUGGGGUGCAGGAGGAGGAUCUUCUGCCCCAGCCCCUGCCCCAGGACCUGCCCCAGGACCUGCCCCAGGACCUGCCCCAGGACCUGCCCGAGUACUUGCCCCAGGACCUGCCCCGCCUCACUUUCAGGGUCCGGGAUGGGACCCUAGAAACCCAAGCGUCCUGUGGAAUGAUAACGACACUUUCGAAGUGAACGAAACGAGCUACGGCCAGGGGCCCUGGACUGAUGAGCAAUUCUUCCAACUAAAAGUCAUUAUAGCCAGCUUUGAGAACUGGCGGGAAGCAAAAGGGCUCGGGCAAAGGCUCCCUGGAAGUCGAAGCCUCAGCGCAAUCAAGGGCAAGUGGCAAGCGGCUGGGCGAAACUGGACCCAGUCGCAAGAUGCCCGCGUGUGGGAAUACAUAAACGCUGUGCGCUCGCGGAGAAUGAGUGAUGAGGAGCUAAUGGCAGCCUGGGAUGGACUUCUCCGACGGCUUAAGGAGGAUGGUAUUAGUAGGCCCGAGGUUGAGGGACGUUAUAGGUUCUUUAAAAGAUGGGUAAAUCCGAUAACGGGCCGGAAUUCAGGGAAUUCGCUGGGUCGAAAAUUACCUGCUCACCGGGAAUUAGUGGGUGAUAGGGAAUGA